AUUUCAGACAAUGCAUGCAUCAUACUAUCAUCAGGCUCACGCUGCAAUCCUGGUAUUCGAUGGAACGCGAAAAGUCACUUAUAAAAAUCUUGCGAAUUGGUACAAAGAACUUCGUCACUACAGACCCGAAAUACCUUGUUUUUGUGCUGUAAAUAAAAUAGAUGAAAAUGAAGACAUUGCUGGAAAGAGUUUUGCUUUCCCAGAAAAGAACAAUAUCCCCAUGUAUUAUGUUUCAGCAUCAAAUGGAACCAAUGUUGUCAAGUUAUUCAAAGAUGCCAUUAAUGCUGCAUACCAGUAUAAAAAGAAUCCAACUGACUUCACAGAUCAGAUAAUGGAAGAACUAGAGAUGGAUUGAUGAUUCAAGUCAAGCAUAGAAGUAUAUAGGUCUUGCAAGCACAAUCAUGCCAUAGAUACAGUAUGUGAUAAAGAGUAUUUGCACUUGCCUUUUUUAAGCAGUAAGGAAUUAUCUUUAAUAAGACCAUCAAGAUGAUUUUGUUGCUCCCAGUUUACACACUUUUAUGUUACUAAUUUUUUCAUGUUUUAAUAGAUCAUUCAGAUUAAUGUAAAAACUUUUACAUUAAGAUUUUACGCUGAGUUGGUUUUUCACAAUGUCUAUACGUAUGCCCAGUUGAAAAAUAAAACCCAUAAAUCAAAGAUAAAUCCAAUCAUAGAUUUCCUGAGUAAUUUAUGCCUUACUUGGUUGUAGGUGAAUGCCAGUGGGGGAAGAAAGCACAGCAUCUACUUUGUCAGUUUGCAUCAUGUCAGUGCAAUUACAACAGAUUUAAAAAAUCCCCUCUGAGUAAAUAAGAUUGAAUAGAAAAAAGUGCUCUCUGUAAUUUUUUUCCCCCCCUCAUUAGUAACAAUACGAUUGGCAACUCUAUUUUUUAACAAUUCUUACGAGUGAUGCCUCUCCAAGGAAAUACAGGGCUUUUAGGCACCUCUUCUUGUCAGGAAAAUAUUAUCCACUCAAAGGCACUUGUCACAGCUAUUAUGCCUUAAGACUUAGUAAGGCACUGAUACCACCUACGCUUGCUGCCACAAUGACAAAUAUGUAUCAGUAGGUACUUUGUGUAUUUCAGCAGUAUGCUGUAUAUAGUGAAAAUUGAUUUAAUUAUGAAAUCCUACCCUAAAUAUCAUUGUUUAUGAAACAAUCAGAUUAAGCUCAAGGUGAGGUAUGAAGUGAUACCUUUAUUCCAGUCAUUUUUGUUGUUUGAUAAAAUAAAAGUCACCCUUGUAACAUCAGAUUGACACCUAAACAUGAUUUUUAAAAUCUAAAGUGAAAAAAUUGAGUAACAUAUUAGACAAUGUCCUUCAGAAUCUUAGCAGUGGGUAGUUAUAAAGGGGCUUGUAUAAGUAUUCCGUCCAUUAAGUGAAAUACUCAAAAGAUCGUUCCUUACUGGGUGGCUACAUAAAUGUAAGAAUUAUCUUCAUAUUACCAUAUGGGAUGAAAUCUGUCAUUAGUCAUAAAAUACAUUGUUUUAUCACACUGGCAAUGUUCACCCAAGUCAAGCAGUACAUAAUGAUAGCUUUCAGAAGUGUGAUGCUAUACUCAAAAAGUGCAAACAGAAAAUGUUUCAUCAAGUUUCACAAUCCUGAUCAGUCCUUAGUUUCCCAUAAGUGCACAAAAUUCACCAUGUAAGGCUAGAUCUACCCCUUUUAUUUGUUAAGAGCACUGUUAUCAUCUUACGUCCCAUUAGCACCUUUUCAUUAAAAGAAAAGCACUCAUUAAAUCCACAAUUGUAUAUACUUGAGUUUGGCAGACACAAGUUGAAUAUUGUAAUAUACAGUCCAUUAUACUUCCAAGUUCACAUCCAGUGAUGCCAGUUUGUGAACCACUAUUUCCAACUCUUGUAUCCAAACCACAUGCUUCUAAUUGUAUUAACAUGUGUUCCAUAAACAAGAGUCAAAAGUGACGGUUUUCACACUAGCAAUACUGCAUGGAAGGGACUGUACUUUCUUGGGUCUCAUGCCAUCACAUUCAUCUUUAGUACUGUUAAGAUUCAUUUCACAUUUCAUACAUUCUAUAAAAUGAAUAUCAUGUCCAUUUUUUUUUUUUACAGUUUUAUUUUGUAUUAAACACUUCAUCACUCUACUUGUAACAUGUUCACUUCCUAUGAAUGUUCAUGUGAUUAUGAUAAGGCUUGCAAAACUGCCUCCAGGGUAAUUCUCAUCUUGUAAUGUGUAGCACCCACACCGUAUGUACCUGUCACUUGCCAUUUUUAUUGUUACUUUAUAUUAUUUGAUAACUAAUUUUUAAAGAACUGUGUAUUCAUAUAUUAUUGCAAAUAUUAUUUACAACAUAA